CACUCAUUCACGUACACCCGUGGUGCACUACCUGUAAUGUACAUGAGUCACUGUGUUUACGUGCAGAGUAGUACGCACGGCUGCGGUACGCGGUGUAUGUACACAAUCACAAACGCUCCGAACACCUUUUGCCUGCUGCUCGCACAUAGCAAAGGCCUGUACGCACUGACUAAUUUUGAAACCAGAGUAGAAAAUGCUGAAGCUACAGUGAACAUGUAGCAGUGCCCACACUGCACUGUACCAACGUAACACUGUUCACAGAGAAACUCGAUAAUCUUAAAGAAAACAAUAUAACUGCUAACUUGAAACUUCAAGUGACAAUUAGGGUACAAGUCAGAGACUUGGGCCGGACCAUGCUUUGCAGGAUCCUUGUGUUUUUACCGUGGCAUUGAUAUCACUCAGGCAGCAAUUCAUUUUGGACUGUGCAUCAGAUUUGGGGAGAUUCACAACAGCUGUCAAAAUGUCUUCAAACAAUAAGGAGAAACCCGAGAGCGACAAAAAGAAGAAAUCCAAGUCACGGCUGAACAUCAAGAUCUUCGGCGGCGGCAACAGCAAGAAGAGGGACAACGAGAAGAAGAUUAGCGAGGAGUUUAAAAGCCAGGACGGCUCCUACAAAAAGACUCAACCAAAUGAUGCAGGGGAGCAGAAGCCCACUAAAGAGGUCAAGGAAGUGGAGGAUGUUGCCAAAGAGCAGAAGCCGACCAAAGAGGUCAAGGAAGUGGAGGAUGUUGCCAAAAAGCAGAAGCCGACCAAAGAGGUCAAGGAAGUGGAGGAUGUUGCCAAAGAUGAGACUGACUCGGAAUCAGACACCAGCGAAGAGGCUGUAGCGGUCCCUCCGCCUACCUUCAGACCGGGAAGAAGGAGACGGUCCCUGUCGGCCUGUGCCGAUAUCCAGGACACCCGCAUUAAGAUUAAAAGCAAAGAGGAGGAUGUUCAGGAAGAGGAAGAAAACGAUGAUCAACUGAGUCCAUUGCCCUGCUCCCCCACCAGGUCCUGUAUACGAGGCCGCUCUGCCACGAUUGGCUACUCGGGAGAAGACGUCGUGUCUGAAUCGCGGCCACGCAGCGUGAGCUUCUCACCAGAGACAGUGGACCCUCCCCCGCGCAACAUGAAGUAUCGAGCCUGGAUUGAGGCCAGGUCCAAGCCGCCACCAAUCAACGUGAAACAUGAGAAGCACAAACAAAAGAUGAAUCAAUUGAAGAAAGUGAACAUGUCUGAUUACCUGGCAUCCCGAAAGCCGGCGUCUGGAGCAGGGAUAAUGGCCUCAAGUACUUCAGCAUUUGGCGGUGGUGGUAUGAUGAUGUAGACACUGUAGGCCCUUUCACACUAAUCUCUUUGUCAAACCCUGGGAUUUCAGGAACCCCUUUCUCACUAGCAAGAAUCCAAGAUGGAUUCUUCACAGGCCAAGCGCUCUUCUCAGGUAAAAUUCAACCCUGGUCUUAUCUGGACCAGGGUUGAGAAGCUGUACCCAGCAGUGUUGUAGUCGAGUACUUUUUUUUCCGAGUACCGAGUACUGUGG